CCACGAGAAAAUGUCAGGAGGGUGUCCCGUCUGCACGAGCGCAGACAGCAGGGAACAGCUGCAGUUUUAGGUUCGCGCGAUAUAUUCACUGCAUUGCGAGUAAAAUAUCAGCAUAUUAUUCUCACGACAUAGAAUAACGUAAAAACCAACCUUAUAAUAAAAUGGUUGAUCGCGAGCAGCUGGUGCAGAAAGCCAGGCUGGCUGAACAGGCGGAGAGAUAUGAUGAUAUGGCAGCAGCCAUGAAAUCGGUAACAGAACUGAACGAGGCCCUGUCCAAUGAGGAGAGGAACCUCCUGUCUGUAGCGUAUAAGAACGUGGUUGGUGCUCGCCGCUCAUCCUGGAGGGUUAUUUCCUCCAUUGAGCAGAAAACCUCAGCCGAUGGCAACGAGAAGAAGAUAGAGAUGGUGAGGGCCUACAGGGAGAAGAUCGAGAAGGAGCUGGAGGCCGUGUGCCAGGACGUGCUCAACCUGCUAGACAACUUCCUCGUCAAGAACUGCAACGAGACCCAGCACGAGAGCAAGGUGUUCUACCUGAAGAUGAAGGGAGACUACUACCGCUACCUGGCCGAGGUGGCUACCGGUGAGAAGAGGGCUACCGUGGUGGAGUCCUCUGAGAAGGCCUACAACGAGGCCCAUGAGAUCAGCAAGGAGCACAUGCAGCCCACCCACCCCAUCCGCCUGGGCCUGGCUCUCAACUACUCCGUGUUCUACUACGAGAUCCAGAACGCCCCCGAGCAGGCCUGUCACCUGGCCAAGACCGCCUUCGACGACGCCAUCGCUGAGUUGGACACCCUCAACGAGGACUCCUACAAAGACUCCACUCUCAUCAUGCAGCUGCUUCGAGACAACUUGACACUGUGGACAAGUGACCAGCAGGAUGACGAGGGAGGGGAGGGCAACAAUUAAAGGGAAACCAUGCUUAGAAAAAAAACGAAAGGCCGGUGGACUUUGGCAGCCGCUAUUGCCAAUGAUACUACCACAGCAGCUGUUGUUUAUUUUUCCAUGUGUUCAAUGAAAAGAAUCAAACAGAGAUGUGAGAGGGGAGGUGAAAUCUUAAUUUAAUAUAUAUAGAAAUAUAUAUAGAGAGUUGAAAGGGCCUCCGUCUUCUUGGUUUUCUCUUUGACAUUUGCCAAACCACUGAUGUGUCAGUCAAUCAGCUGGAAGACGUCAUUGUUCGAUUGGAAUGGAAGCCUCACACUGGCAUAGAGUCUCGUUCCACAGGAAGCUGCUUAGGUUAGGUUUUUGUGUGAUAGAGAUGUGUUCAAGACACUUGGGAGAUGAAGAAAUACUUGAAGGAGAAUGCCUCAUAAAGAUAGUUUGCAUUGGUGCCAGUACUAGAACAAAGCUACAGUAAACGUUUGUCAGGGAGUGUAGAAAGGCCACGACAACUAAUUUAAUGAACAAUAUAGUAGAUUUCCCCUGAAUGUCGAAUUGAAGUAUUAUGCUUUUGAAAACAAUAUAAAAAGGUGAAUAACUGUUAUGAAUAAGUUAUUUCUGUCUACGAUAUAUUAGGCAUUUACAGUAUGGCACUGGAACUAUUUUGGAAGACAGUUUAAAACAGAAAAAAACUAAAGCAGCUUCAGAGUUUGUGGUUUACUUCAGUGUUUGUUUUAUUAAAUGCAUUUGCCUACUAUACUGUUUCCUCAGUGUAAGAUGACUACAGUUGCAGUACAACAAUAAUAUCGAUUAUUCAAUAUUGUGCAUGCUGGUGAUGUAUUUAUAUACAGUAGCUUGACUUUAUUAACUUAUACUGUGGGUGUUAAGUAUUCAUAUGAUUGAAAAAAAGAUAGGCUUUGUCUAAUGUUUAUUUAUAAUUGUUCAUUUUAUUCUUGGUUUUGUCUUGAUUUGCUAUACCAAAAUGGUGAUUGUUGAAGUUGACCUGUAAUGAUAGCGUCGCUAUAGUGACAUGCAAUAUGUGUAUUUGAUUUGUUAUGGAAGUUAAAAAUUAAAAAAAAAAAAAACGCAGAAGAACCCAGUGAUCACUUAAUAUUACCAGCUGGUGUUUGUCACUACAAAACUAUGAAUAUGGAAUUAUAAAACAAGACAAUGUUUUUUGAACGAUAUUUUAGUACUUUUUCUGUCAUGUUAUCCAGUAUUAACAAUGGUGAAGUCAUCAGAAUCUGAGUUUCUGUUAAGAAAGAAACAUGGACCACAGCUUAUUUCUGACAGUAUACUUUUUCUGUUGUUUGUUGGAUUGUUUUUAUACCUUUUUGCUGUUUCUGAGUGACAAAUAUCUUGAAUGUGAGUCAUUAUGUAGCAGUUGCACAAGAACCGAAAUAAUAGCUAUGACAAUAAAAAAGAACAUGACAAAAUUAUAAACAAACCAUUUC